CUGACAACGCUUUGUUAGUUUAUUUUGAAGGGUUAAGCGGAAGUACUUAAGAGACUUACGCGUGAUUUGACGUUGCUGGAUGGCAAAGGCGUAGCUAGUAAACAUCUCAGAAAGCCGAGGAAAGACAGCGGGCGCCGUCGCUUGACAACACCGAUUGAGAACAGAUAUUAUUCGGCUUGAGUCGACCCAGUCUGUGUCUCUCGGUCUCCUCUAACCUGCCGGGACUGUCACGGCAACAACCGCCGCCUCCUAAAGCACCGAAGCAGCCGGAGUUAGCGUUAGCAUUAGCAUCAGACGACAACCAUGAUAGCGUUGAUCAACAAACUGCUCGACUGGUUCAAGGCGCUCUUCUGGAAGGAGGAGAUGGAGCUGACGCUGGUGGGCCUGCAGUACUCCGGGAAAACCACAUUUGUCAACGUGAUAGCGUCUGGUCAGUUCAGCGAAGACAUGAUUCCCACAGUUGGAUUCAACAUGAGGAAGAUCACCAAAGGCAACGUCACCAUCAAGUUGUGGGAUAUUGGCGGGCAGCCUCGCUUCAGAAGCAUGUGGGAACGUUACUGUCGAGGCGUCAGCGCCAUUGUUUACAUGGUGGACGCAGCCGACCCAGAGAAGAUUGAAGCCUCUAAAAACGAACUUCACAACCUGCUGGACAAACCACAGCUGCAAGGAAUUCCAGUUUUGGUUUUGGGGAACAAGAGAGACCUCCCCGGGGCGUUGGAUGAGAAGGAGCUCAUCGAGAGGAUGAAUCUGUCGGCCAUCCAAGACAGAGAGAUCUGCUGCUACUCCAUCUCCUGCAAGGAGAAAGACAACAUCGACAUCACUCUCCAGUGGUUGAUCCAACACUCCCGGACUAAGAGGAGUUCCUGAGAACAGACACACUCCCUGCGUCGGAGCAGUCCGUGCCCACAAGAUCAACCCUUCCCGUCCCCUUCACACGCCACUUUUCCCACUCACCACCAUUCGAUCUCGCUCUAAACAUUCUUUUCCAGACGCUGUCGUCUCUACCUCGGGAUGCACUGACGCUAUCAUCAACGAUGCUGAAAUAUAAAUAUCUUUAGCUAAAGUUUCAAAAUCAUUAGUAAUUUGGUGUAUUUGUAAAAUCCAAUUCGAAUAAUUCAGAGUGUCAGUGCAUCGUCACAUGUCUGCAUCCCUCCCAUCCAUAGCGUUUUAUUAAACCCCUCUGAAACUAAAAGCCUUUUGUAAAUCCGCUCGACUGUCAGCCAUGUUGACUUUUAAUCGUCGCUGAAAUUGCCGUCACUUAAAAAAGGUGCCAUCGGAUUCUUUCCCAUGAGCCUCCUCUUCUUUAUUUUGCACCCAGAAACAAAAAAAUGCCUUCAUCCAUUUCUUCUCCUUCCUUCAUCCCCCAAACAUCCAUUCAUUCCUUCGCAUUUAUACCUAACCCGACAAGCGCCGCCCCCCUCCUGGCUCCUCCUCCGUCUCUUGUAACCAGCCCGUGCUCCCUCCUCUUCCUUCCCUUUUUCUUUUACUUGUGUCCUCGCCGCCUCACUCCCUUUCGAGCGAGGGAUGAAAUCUUUUUAUUGCACUGUUGAUUUUUGGUAUUGUAAGAUAUAAUUAAUGACAAUAAUGUUAAUAAUCUUAUCGUGACAUAACCUGUCCAGAUUUAAGGAGGCGGUACUAGAACUGGAGGUGUUACUGUUUCUGUGUAUAUGUAAUAAGCUUUUUUUUCCUCAUACGUUUUAUAUUUCUUUUUUUUUUAUUGUUGUUUUUGACAUCAUAAAGACUACGCUCGAUGUGUAACCAGUCCAAGUGUUUUUCGCUCCACGGCGCCUGCUGAUUGGACCGGAGCUGUCAUGUGAUGUCAUUUUCAUGUGCGACACAGCGAAGCAAGCGUAGUAGUUUGGUUCACUCGUCCAUACUUGAUGCAUCUUUCGACUAAUCCUCUGCGCUAGGUCAUUUUCCAAUUAUUAAAUCAGAGCGUGAUUCAUCUAUUUAUUUUAAUCUCGACAACAAAUCAUCACUCGCCACGUUAUGGAAAACAUGUAUUGAUUUUUAUCAUCCAAACUGUUCAGGCCUAAUAAAGAUGAAGAACUAUUUAUUGUUCAUCCGAAAAAAGCUUUUUUUUGUCUUUUUAAACUCACUCCUUCAUCAUGUGACACUUUAAUCUCGAUUAUUUAAAUGUUCAACCAUGCAGACACCAACAUUUGAAGUGCAAUGUCUGCCUUUAUUUAUUUAUAUUUUUGGGGUGCCUUUAGGUUGCAGCAUGUACAUUCUUUGUUGGUGUAUCUGAAGGGAUGUGAAGGUGAAAAUGAGUCAACGUGGAGCAGACUUUUACAUUUUUCAACUGGGCUCCUAUCUUGCUCCUGUAGACAGUGACAUCACAGGGCCUUCUCUUUUCAGGAGAUGAGAUCACCAGCACACUGAACCCCUAAAAAAAAUAAUCGGACUCUUUCCUUAUCUCCUGCUUUAUUGCCUCACUCAUAAACUUUAUGAAUAAUGAUCAUUUAUGGGCGCGAUGUGAGCGUUUUUCUUUUUUCAUGGACUCGAAAUAAUUGUGCGUCUUUAUGUUACGAUAUCUAAAUGAUGUAAUGUAACCUGCCGUGAGUGUCAUUACUUCAAGUGCAUGAAUAAAAUGAUGGGAAGUCGGUCAAGUUGAUCUGAUGAUUUGUUGACCUUCAGAAAUGCCAUUCAUGUGAAUCUUACAACCCCCCUCCACACAGGCUCCUCCUGUGAGAGUAUAUUCAUGGUGUCAUACAACACCAUUGUUUCGAAUUUAGGUGCCGCGUUUGGUGACCGGUGAAUCGGCAUGUAGGUUCUUUUGUUUGUCUCUAUGUUUGCAUGGAGCUAAGAUCAGCGGGUUUCAGUGAAAUUGGAAAAAAAAAGUUGAAGGGCUGAACCUGGAUGUAGAAAACUAACUCACAAUUCAAACAUUUGGGAUUCGUGUUCAGUACUGCAUGUCUAUUCAGUAUUUUCACAUGAUCUUAUUGAAUAUUUAUGGGUCAAAAUUGAUAUUUUGGCGUUUGAUGAUGAGACGGUGGAUGAGCUUGAGGCGUGGGUCGAGACUUGGCGAUAUUUUGGAGAUCCUAAAAGCCUCCGUUGAUUUGUAAGUGGCCUCAUCGUGGCAGGCAACAACACAACGUGAGUUUUCAAAUUGCUUUUGAUACUGGUUUAUACACACAAAGUCGGGCUGUUGUUUUAACUGGAUUGUUUGGCUCGGUGAAACAUGUUGAAGAGAAUCACACAUGUAAAUGAUGCUUAUUAAAGGUGUAAGAACAA